UUCAACAAAUGUAUCUCAUUGUAAUAAUGAGCUGUAAAGCAGGCAGUGGGCGCAGAGUGUGAUGUUGACUGGCCGCAUUGAUUGGCUGCUGGCUCGGUGUGUGUGUGCAGCGUAGUAAAUGCGGCUCUUGAUGACACACCGCCCUCUUCUCUCCUGCAGCUCGCGGCCGUAUGAAGCGGCCCUGCCUGCUUGGAAACACAUUAUUCCCCCCUGCGAGCCGUCCGGCGGAACAUGUGCAUUCCCAUAGUCUCUUGAAAUCGUCGUUGUCGCACGUCUAUGUGAUUCUCAGUUGUGCUCAUGAGCCUGCUAGGUGGCUACAAGAAAAAGAGCAGUUACGAUGGCUACGAAUCUUUGCAGCUGGUCGAUAGCAGCGGAGACUUCAGUACCGGGGGACGAAGCGGCGGCGGAGGCGGAGGCGGUUUGACGGCGGUGACCCUCGGCAGCGUCAAGACAGGCCCCGCGCGACAGGACGACUACAGCACCAUGGACAGCUCAGGCCCUCCGUCUCCAGAUAUGGACGGGAACUAUGGAGGGGGGCUUCUGGAUAUGGUGAAAGGAGGUGCUGGAAAGUUCUUCAGUAACAUCAAGGACAACCUCAAAGACACCAUCAAAGACACCUCCACCAAGGUUAUGAACCAAGUGGCCACGUAUACAAAAGGGGAGUUGGACAUUGCCUACAUCACCUCACGUAUUAUCGUGAUGUCAUAUCCUGCUGAGACGGUGGAGAUGGGCUACAGGAACCACACAGAGGAUAUCCGCUCUUUUCUGGACUCACGGCAUGCUGACCACUACACUGUUUUCAACCUGUCACAGAGGAACUAUCGAGGAGCCAAGUUCUCCAACAGAGUUUCUGAAUGCAAUUGGCCGUCCAGACAGGCUCCAAGUCUUCACAACCUAUUUGCCGUGUGUAAGAAUAUGUACAACUGGCUCAAGCAAAACCCCAAGAAUGUGUGUGUAAUCACCUGUUCGGAUGGCAGAGCUCCUUCAGGCGUGCUGGUCUGUGCCAUGUUCUGUUUCUGCCAUCUUUUCGCCAACCCGGUGCCAGCCAUGCAGCUUCUCAGCGCCAAGAGGCCUGGAUCUGGCCUGUGGCCCUCCCAUAGGAGGUACAUAGGUUAUGUAUGCAGUUUAGUCUCAGAGAAGCCCACCGUACCCCACUCCAAACCACUAGUUAUUAAAACUGUCACAAUCAGUCCUGUUCCCUGCUUCAACAAACAGCGCAGUGGCUGUCGGCCAUUUUGUGAUGUACUAAUUGGUGAGACCAAGAUAUUUUCUACAGCUCAGGAGUACGAGAGAAUGAGAGAACACAGGAUUCAGGAGGGCAAAGUGGUGUUUCCUGUGGGAGUGAGCGCACAAGGAGACGUGGUGAUUUCAGUCUAUCACAUGCGCUCUCAUGCACUUCAGGCCAAGGUAACAAACACCCAGAUAUUCCAGAUUCAGUUCCACACUGGUUUCAUUGCCCCUGGCAGCACAGUCUUGAAGUUUAUGAAGACAGAGCUGGAUGCCUGUGAUUCUCCAGAGAAAUACCCACAGCUGUUUCAUGUGCUGAUAGAUAUCGAGGUUGAAAGCACGGAGAAACAGAAAGAUCUCACUCCACCAUGGGAACAGUUUCCCACCAAAGACCUGAGCCCCAAUGUGCUCUUCUCCUGCCAUCAGGAACACCAGGAUGCACUUGCUAUUGCAGAUGAAAUGGAGGGCUUGGACUUGGAAGAUCCCGCUCAGGGCCAUAGCAGUUGCGGAGGCAGAGUGGGGCCGAAUGAAGAGAGCGAACCAUCUGAUGAUGAGAUGCUGUCCCUUUCUAGCCAGCAGAGCAACGCGAGUAAUGAGAAAUCAAAAGCAGCUAAAAGGCCAGAGCCGCAGGCCGCAGCGCCGCCUCCUCCAGCAGCUGAGGAAGUGGAUCUUCUGGGUCUGGAUGGAGACGCUGCUAAAAUUCCUCCAUCCUCCCCUCAACCCCCAGCCAACAACACUACCACAGACCUGCUGGGGGAUCUGUUUGGAGCUCCACCAACACCACAGCCAGCCAGCUGUCCAGGCUCUGCUCAGUCCACGCCGCGGAGAUCCGCACAGUCCUCCUCACCCGGACCUUCACCCCGAUCUGGAAACACUUUCGACCCGUUCGGGUCUGGGCCCGCUCCUGCCCCUAAGCCACAGGAUUUCAUGGGUGCGUUCCUGGGUCCAGGUAAUAUGGGGCAGCCAGACCCCUUCCUGCAUGCUGCACGAUCUCCGUCUCCUACAAUGCAGAACAUGGGCAUGGGCCGCAGCUCACCUGUUCCUCCCUCAACUCCCACUGUCAACAUCCAGCAGCAGAACUCAACAGGAGCCUGGGAAUGGAACAAACCAGCGGCUGCAGGUGGAGGUUUUGGGAUGGGCAGUAAAUCAGCCAGUACUAGUCCAACAAGCUCAGCCCAUGGUACACCCACCCACCAGACCAAACCGAACACUCUUGACCCUUUUGCUGAUCUGGGGAACCUGGGAGCAGGCCUUGGAGGAGGUGGUUCAGGAUUUUCCAGCAAACCCACAACACCGACUGGAACUGGAGGUGCAUUUCCACCAAUGGGCUCCCCCCAGCGUCCCGCACCCUCCCCCCAGCACACCGCAUCUGGAGGCUGGCAUCCCAACACCGGCUUCCCCUCGUGGCAGGCUGGAGGAGGAGCUCAGUGGCAGCCACAGGCUCAGGGGACUCCAACUAAAGCACCCCCAGCAUCCAUGCCACACACUUCACCACAGAACAGACCCAACUACAAUGUCAGCUUCUCUGCCAUGAGCGGAGCAUCGCCUGGAGCCGCUGGGCCAAAAGCACAGCCUAAUAUGGGAACCAGACCAAAGGUUUCAGAUGCUAACUUUGAUGACCUGCUCUCAGGCCAGGGCUUUGCUGGCGGUAAAGAGAAGAAGGGACCAAAAACCAUAGCAGAAAUGAGAAAAGAGGAGAUGGCAAAAGAAAUGGACCCAGAGAAACUCAAGAUCCUGGACUGGAUUGAAGGGAAGGAGAGGAAUAUCAGAGCGCUGCUGUCCACCAUGCACACAGUGCUUUGGGAAGGGGAGACCCGCUGGAAACCUGUAGGCAUGGCUGACCUCGUCACACCAGAGCAGGUCAAGAAGGUCUACCGCAAAGCUGUGCUGGUAGUUCACCCUGACAAGGCUACUGGACAGCCCUACGAACAAUAUGCCAAGAUGAUUUUUAUGGAACUAAAUGAUGCCUGGUCGGAAUUUGAGAGCCAAGGACAGAAAGCUCUGUACUAAGACUUGCUGUAAAUGAUCACAACCAGUCAGCAGUUCCUGCCCACUUUAGACACCCCGCAACCCAGCAGUCCUUGAAAUGCUCCUUUGUUAUCUCUCCCACCUCCAGGACCCCUGCUUCAUAGAGACGUCAGAGCUUACAUCUACAGUAUAGUUGUGUGUAUCUCUCUAUCCAUCCACGUAUCAGGUUAGAUCAUGCCCUAGGCCAACAUAUCUGCUGUACCAGAAGACUGCUGUUGGGAAAAGUACUGUAGCAUUCAGGUUUGUCUUAAGAAACUCUUUAUUUGUGUUUUCCCAGGACUCACCUGCAUAACAAAGUUCAGAGUUUGCCGUUACUUAUCUGUGACAUAUUUCUGUGAACAAUAUGAGUCACGAAAGUCGUCAAACAAUGUCUGGGAGGAGCUUUCGGAUGAGUUUUUAAUGUAGUGCUGAGGAAACAUCUUCCAAGAAAAAAAAAUGGAAUAGUGUGUAGACACUCCAGGAUACUGCAAAACAACCUAUACAAACUGGAUUAAAUACUGCAGCAAUUCAGUACAAACCUGUUUGGGUGUUAAUUUAUUAAAGGAAUAGUUUACCCAAAAAUAAAAAUUUUCUGUUUAGCUGAAACUGUGAUUCUUUGUGACCAGUAAAAUACAAAUGAAUGGAGACUGGCACUUUGAGAGGAAAAAUAAAACACAUACAGACAAAUCUAAAUGAAUCCACAUGGAUUUUGAUGAUAUAUUAAGGUCUUACAAACUGAAGUGGUCAUUUUUACCUUUUACAUUUUAAGUUUACACACUGCAAAUAAUGCUUUUCCUACUUAAAGUUUUUGUUUCUAGUCCAAAUAUCUAAAAAGAGACAUUUUCUAGACAAUAAAAAAUACUGUCUUGUUUUUAGAAAUAAUAUGGCAAAAUCUAGCGGAGUAUUUUUUAAAAACAAGCAAAAUGAUCUGCUAAUGGGGUGAGUAAAUUAGUCCUGUUUUUGCUUUAAAAUGCAGCCUGUAUUAUCAGAUUAUUUAGCUUAUUUUAAGAAAAACUUUUGACAUUAAAAUUUUUAUUUGACAAUAAAAAUUGACAUUAAUUUUGACAUUAAUUGACAUUAUUUUCAAAAACAAGCCUUUUUUUUUUUAGCUUGUCUAGGAAAUGCUUAUUAACAAUUUGUAGAUAUUUGGACUAAAAAGAAGACAAAACUCUAAGAAACAUUUUUGUAGUGCAACAGUCUAUAGCAAAAAUGACCAACUCAUAAUGAUGUACAGCCUGUGUCACUGUGGGCUCAUAUGUGAGCUGAUUUAGUUAGUUGUACAACAGAGAAGACUUGUGUGUCAUACUGUCCAUCAAAACUGAUUUUACUUGCACUUAUCCUGAAAAAUGUUUACAUUCGGUCUUAAUUUAAGUUCAAAAGCAAAUUUCAGAAAAGUUUUGCAAAUUUGAUUGCCACUUUUAAAAUGGAACUCCAUUUGUAGAGGUAAACGAAGAAAAUAAUAAAUUAAAGUAAAUAGUAUGUGCAAUGAUCUCUUUGAGGAAGUAGCUAGCAUUAAUGGUAAUGAGACCUGGAUUGAUGAGUCAUCACAAUUAAUUCUGAAGCUAGAUAUAGCAGGAGAGUUUGAGUUAAUGUAUAUAUAACAUAUUAAUCUAAAUUCUUUUGAUAUUUUAAAAAAUAUAUUACACAUAACGCAAAUCAUUUGCAGUUUGAUUUAACUUCAUUGGUUAAAAAAGUAGAUAUUUACCUGGUUUUAAAGAAGAGAAAGAACAAUGUUGAUUUUUAAAACCUAAUUUGAAAACGUGUAUUUUCAUCUUUCCUAGAGAUGGUUUGCAGCUUUAAGGGCAUCCACUGCUUAAAACAUGCUGCAUAAGUUGCCGGUUCAUUCCGCUGUGGCAACCCCAGAUUAAUAAAGAGGGACUAAGCUGAAAAGAAAAUGAAUGAAUGUAUUUUUAUUAUGAUAAUAAAGUGGUUAUUAAACAUUAGAAUGAAGAUAAUGAGGAAAAUACAUUUUCUUCAUCACUCUUAUGUGGAAGUGGCUUCCAAAAGGCUUAGAUACAAUAACAAGUGGCAUUUAGAUGCUCACUUUUGGCUGAAAUGUGCCCUGAGAUACCCAAUGAAUAAUAACUCAUUAUUUGACAAAAACGUUUUGUGUUUCAGACUAUUAUGAAUGCACACAUUUGUUAACCCUUUGGAUUAAAAGAUGUAAACAACAUUUAGUUUCUUGCACAGGCUGAACAUUUCACUUUAUAAGACCUUGAUGCAUCAUCUGGAACAACAGAUAUUAACUUUAUUUUGCCUUAUUAUUAUUUUUUUUUAUAAAGAACCAUAGUUUCAGUCUAUCUUCUUUAAUAUUCAACUGAAAAAAGAAAGAAAAAAUCCUGGAUGACCUGAGAAUGAGUAAACUAACAGUACAUUUUUAUUUUUGUGAAUUGUCCCUUAAGAUUUUUGCAUGUUAGAGCAAUGUGCGGGAUUUUUUCUGCUUCUUCCAUUGUAUUGAUUGCGUUCAAAGCUCCUGCUCACAAUUAACAUAUGACGGGUCGGGUGUAUAUUUAUUUGUUGGCUUUGCAAUUAUGAAAUUUGUGAAAAUAAAAGUGGGUCUCUGUCGAAUUACGACUAGUUUCUAAGUCUAUAGGUUAGAGGUUUAGAAAGAUAUGCACAAAUGAAAGAACACUGAACAAAAUACAUUCAACCACUGAAAAUUACCGUAUCGUUUAACACUUAUCUUCUUUCAAAGGUGAAGUGAUGUGGUGCUGAGGGGCAAAAGCACAAAAAGUACGAGAGACUGUUCAGGAAAUGUGUGAUUUCCUUAAACUUGAUCUGUGAAAUGCAGUAGAUUUUACUUGCAGUUUACUCCUAUGUUGUUUUCUACUGAUCUGUCUGUAUAUGUUGCACUAUAAUAACAUACUGUUUACAACAUAUAAACUCAAAUGAAAUUUAUUCGUGUAGUUAUUAUCCACAGGAAAGAAAUAACUGAGUGGUUUUGCUGGUACCUCAAAGUUACCCUGGCUUGUUUCAAGCUAUUUUGAAGGUUAAAUGGAUAGCUCACCAAAAAAAUCUAAAUUCAGUCAUCAUUUACUCAUCCUCCAUUUGUUUCAUACUAUGGAUGUCAAUGGCUACCAGUUUACAACAUUCAAAAUGAUUUUUUUUUGUCAUCAGUAAAAAGAAACUCAUAAAACUCUGCUUGAGAGUGAGUAAAUGGUGAGUAAAUCUUUAUUUUUGGGUGAAUCCCUUAAACGUUGUCUUUAAAUACACAGUUUGUUAAUAUGAUCUCCUAACUGGUUGAUAGUGCGCUAAAGAGCUAGUCAAACAUCUUACUUUCUUGAAGCCCUAAACUGAUAUCAAGAUGGCUUAAAUUUGCUUUGUUUUGCCUACCAUGCCGUUGGAACGCAUUCAUGCUCACUAAUGCUAAUGCUAAUGCUAACAAAGCCUUUUACUGAGGAAUGCGAUGGAAGGAAAGGGUUGUUUUGUUGCCACAGGUGUCUUUUAAACCAACUGAACAUAUCAUUCAGAGUGAACCAUUAACAUUUCAACAUGAAAUCAUAAAAACGUUUAAUCAACGUACAAUGCAGCUCUUUUAGCAUAUCUCUGUCUUCUCAUAAAUGUACUGCAUGUUUGACUAUAAGUGGCACAUGGUCCAGAUUCAAAGGAAGUUUCUAGAGUGUCCAGCCACUAAUCUGCCCUUUCUCUUUACAGUAUAUUUGCACUUGAAUGGCAUUAGGUAAAUCCAGAACACACUUGUGUCGUAACUUGCAGUACUUGCUGUACAUUUCAUUCAUGCUUUGCCUUCCUCUUUUCAGAAUCAUGUGCUGAAAUACUAAAGCUUUAACCGUUAUCAGAGCAGUCUUCUCUCUUAAGUUUGUCUCCUUUAAGUUUGCCACCUUUUCCUUCCCUUGACACAAAGACUUGAAUUAGUGAGAACUGAUUAAAGAAAGAAAACUUUUCCACCCUCUUCUUGUGGACUGAGCCGUUUAUCUUCGAUUUUAGGAUAUCAUAUUGUUCGGAUGCUAACCUCUGUAUACAGUAGUGAAUGUGUGGUGUUCAAUAACGCUGUUCUCUGUAAGGAAGUGGUACGGUUUGGAUACAGCUCUGUGUUUGUUUGCUGUAUCAGUAUUAUUGUGACAUGCAUUUGUUUUCUGUGUCUUUUUUUUCUGUUCCUGUUCUCCUUAUGGAGCUGUACAUAUGAUAAAGUGCAUUGCACAAAUAAAUGGAAACCGAAUGAGAUUAA